AUGUUUUUAAUAAAAUACACUGAGACUUUAGAUCAUGAUAUUGAUGAUAUUGAUACGGUUAUUAGUUUAUACUAGACCCAUGAGAGAUUGAUUACUGAAAAUCUAAUCAAAAUUGUACUCCCUUCUUUUAAGAAAAUCGACUUUUUUGAGAAACACAGGCCUUAGGAAAUUUCACUCGAAGAUUUCAUCCGCAAAGCCAUUCCCUACUUCAGAUAUGAGGAGUAUUCCUUUGGAGAAAUCCUAUAUAACAUAGGAGAGGAAAAAUAAAAAUUGUUCAUUGUGUUGGAAGGAUCAGCUAUGGAAUUUGUUCCUAUUAAAAAAGAACAUCUUGUUGUUUAACAGUGUAGCACACCAGUCAACCAAAAAAGCAAAAGACCUGCCCGUUAGAUCGAAAUAUGGGAACUUGUUAUGCGCAUGUAAUAUCAUAAUCCUCUUUAUUGGAAAGGUGGAUAAGUUUAGUUCCAACAAAAUGAAGUUUAUAAAGUAGGCUAGCAUUUUGGAGACCUAUCAAAUGACGAAAAUGCUAAGGAGACUGUAAUUGCCAGUAGCUAAUUAUUGUGCAUUUCAAUGAAAAAGUCAGACUAUAAGUUAUUAUUUGGAAGAGAAUUGGCUUAAACAAGAAAAAAUUUAGAUUUCUUUAAAAAUUUAUUUCAUAAUGUUAGUGAAAACAAAUUGUUGUAAUUUAUUAAUUUUACAAAAUAAAUUUCCUUUGAACCCAAAUAUCAAUUAUGGCAAAAAGGAGAUGAACCAAAAUUUAUGAUUUUUGUAAUUGAUGGUCUAGUUGAAACCUAUCACUACGAAAACAUCAACAUAGGAAAAUCCUUAACAAGAAGAUCCAAAAUCUCAAUUAGAACAUAAUCAACUGGAUGUUUGGUUGGAGCAGAGGAAAUUAUUUAAAAAUCAUAAACUCGUGAAUAUAGCUGCCAAUGCAUUAGUAAAACAGAGGCAUUUCUUAUUAGAAAGGAAUAACUAGCACUUCUCACAUAAAAGUUUUAUGAAAUCUUUCGCCAAAUGAAUUUAAUAUUAUCCAAAAAUAUAUAAUUGACUACUGAAAGAAAGAGGGAAAUCUAUAAAAAUACUCCCUUGAGAGAUAGUAGAAGGUUAUCUUUAUAAAAUACAAAUUCUCAACCAAACACUGCUGAAAAUAAUUGCAUAGAAAAUUAUUAUUGUACUCCAAGAAAAAUAACUAAAGAUAAGAUAAGAUCCUCUAUUAAAGGUGCUUUAAACUUAAAAGAAAUUGUCAAAGAAAAUUAAUAGAUGUCAAAAUCAUAAUAAAAUUUGGCUAAUACUAUUUAUCCAAUCGAAAAUUCAGAACACUAUGAAAUUAUGUUAAGGUUUUUAUCCAAUGGGUCAUAGAAUUAAAAUGCUCAAAUUAAAAAUCCUUUAUAAUUUCAAAACUGUUUAGAAAAAAUUAAAAAGAAAAUUUACUCUAAAAAGUUCAAUUCCCAAAAAAAGUUCCUUUUCUCACCUUAAAUUUAGGUUUCUAAACUUAAUUGUGAAGAUCCAAACUCUCAACCAGUCUCUCCCAUGCCAUUAGACAAUGCUACUCUAAGGAAUAGACUUCAAUCAAGAUGUUUUGAAAAUAAUUCAAACAAUAAAUCAACAACCACUUAAAUUUUUAGUGCAAGAUAAUCUUAAAUCGACUUUGAACCUCAUCAAAAUGAUGAUACAAAAAGUUGUGCUUAAUUUCGAAAUUUCUUUUAAAUAACUAAACCAUUAUUUUUUGUAAAAUCAAAGGAUGAUCGAUUAUUAUCCCAAUAAACAGAUAGGAAGUGA